GGACCGAGCGGUCUCUGGCGCGGCCGCUGCCUCGGGACGGGACAGAACGGGACGGGGCUGCCGGAGUGAAACCCGCUCCUCAACUCGCAGGUAUUUAACAGCUUUUCCUCCUUUCGUCCACCGGGGCUGGAGCGGUCCAGGGGUGGGCAGUGCCCGAGGGAACCCGCCGGGCACGGGCAUCCUUUCCCCGGGGCGAACGCCAGCUCCGGCGACCAUUGGAGUCACACUUUGCUGGAAGUGCCGCCUGCCCCUGUCCCAUGCCAUUUUGGAGGAAAAACCUCAUUAAUUUCAAUUGAGUGUCUCUAGACGUUGUGUUCUGGCAGUUUUUAACCUGUUCCGGUGGUGAGCUGGGUAUGGAGGUUCGGGCUCUGAGCGGGGUGGGCAGUGCUGGCACUUCUGCAGCACCCCCGUUGUUCCCAGCCGCUCACAGACUCAAGUGGGAACGACUGGGGCCAGCCCCGUGUGCAGUUCCUCCUUCAGCCACCGAGUUUUGGGGCGAGUUCGAGGUGUCUUCUUGAGCUCAGUUUUUUCAGCCACAAACCUGGUGUGGCUUUAGCCUUUCAGGGCUGCAUUAGGCCUAGUUGUAAGUGUUUUGAGAUCCUCAGACUGCUUUUAACAGCACAGUGAAUUUCUCUUAAAAAAAAAAAAAAAAAAAAAAAAAUGCAAGCAUACCAUAGAAGCUAAAAAUAGGAGAUAAUAGUUUUUAUCUAACCACAACUGUGCAUUGUAUAGAAAACUCUUCAAACAGGACAUAAGGAUGAAGCGGUUCAUGGCCAUGUUAAACAGGAAUAAAAACAAGGAUCCCCCACCUGCGAAGCUGCUGGAUCUAGCAGGACAGCUUUGCCAGGAUCUCCAGAGCUCAUUUCCUCGUCUGGAGAAGCUGGUUGGGGCCAUGAUGGGAUGCAAACACAAGAUGUAUUUUCUCACUAACAUCCACGUUGUCCAAGCUUGCGUGUUUGUUCAUAUCCAUAAAGGGCAGCAUGACACAGCCUGCAGACUGCUGGAGUAUAGCAAGGCAGAACAGAAAGAGAAGCUGGUGCAACUUUGGCAUGAGAUUCACUACCGGAGGGUUAUGGAACAACACCACACGGAUUUUCUGACACCGCUGCAGAAGUUCCGUUGCAGGAAGAGGAAUCCUCCACCUAUUUCCCUUUGUCCUGAAGGUUUGAAGAAUCGAAACUAUUCGGAUGAAGUGCGCCAGCAACUGCACAGGUUUGCUGCAGAGGUGACGACAAAUCCAAACAAGAAACAGCGGGAGGGGCUAGCUCGGGACAUGAACCUGCAGCCAACUCAGGUCUACAAUUGGUUUGCAAAUUACCGACGGCGCCAAAAAUCCUGCCUCCCUCGUAUGGAAAAGCAAAACAACUUGUGUCCUGGGAGGGCUCUGGCUUAUCACACAGAGCAGCAGCAGGAUAGAGGAUUCUACUACGCUCCACAAACUGCAGAUGGAUCUUAUGCAGGCAUCGGCUCUGAGCAAAUGGAGAUAACUGUCAUGCCCUGUCACCCAGGGUGGGACCAGUCAGCUGCAGAUCUGGAUAAGCCUCCUGAGGGAACAUAUUUAAAGAUGCUGGAAUCCAGCUUUAUUCAGAGCAAUGAGCUGCAUGAAGCAAGGACAAACAAGGCUUUCUUGACCACUCACAGCACUGAACAACCUGUAUCAUUUUGCCCUGAGGCUAUGCUGGAACCAGGAACCAGCUUUAACCCUGCCGUCCUGCAGGCCGGAGAAGCAGCAAGCAGUACUGAUGCCAGCCCCCAGCUGGGUAACUUUGUCCUGUGCCCCUGUGGGUCCCUUGCCUUCCCAGAUGAACGGCUGGCCAUGUGGCAGGCCCCUUGCAGCACCAGAGGAGUCUCUGGCUCUAUGUGGACCCCAAGUAUAGAAGUUACUGUCAGACUGUGUUUGGCAAGCCUCAGUGCCCACCUGUUUCUGCACCCUGCGUGGAAGAAAGCCAAGCCUUGGGACACAGCCAGGUUCUGGAGGAUCCAGCUGGCAACCCAUUAACCAAUGACACGUUCUGGGCAGCGUGGCUGCUCUUUGAAUUCUCAGCCAGUGGACGAAUGUGACCCGCCUGCAGAGGUGCUCAAUGUGGUCUGCACUUCCCUAGGAAACACCCCAUCCUUUCCUGGGUGUUCCUUUCCCCAUUUUUUUUUUUUUUUUUUGAAUGAAUGAGGGGUUUGGCAUGGAGAUGAAUAGAGAGUCAGGUAGCAGGAUGAUGGUCUGUUCUAAUGGUUACAAAGUUUGUUACAGUUUGGUUAAGAAUUUUGCAAAGGAUAGAAGAAACAAAAGGUGCAUUGUGGACUGUAGGUUUUGACUAGACUAGUCUGAAGCUGCACUGCAGAUGCUAAUUAUCAAGUUACUGGAUCUAUGGCAGUUAAAUAUUUCUACCCAUAGCACUGGUCAGAUCAGAGUCCUUCAUUACAUGAUGAAGGUAAAUGAAGCUCCUGUACUCAGAGUAAAAUUUAGUUAUAUUGCCUGGCAGUGGAUAUUAGGUAACUUUUUCUUAGGCCUGGAAGAUAAAGUAUCAGCUUAGUGCUGGUAAAAUACUGCUAUUUCUCAUCCCUGCAUUUCUGUGGUACUGCUGGGUGUAACUGCUGGAGUGUUCAAUACUCCAGCGUGCCACAGAUUACACAAACUGGCAGAAUUAUCAGUGCUGAAGUCAAUGUUCUUGCAGGACUGCAGGAGGGCACACCACUGUUGUCAGUAUUUAAUACUACCUGUAGCUCAGAUUGCCCAGGAAAGAAAGAUGAAUGGAGGAGGUAGGAGCUGCUGAACUCUCUUGAUCCAUUGUCAGUCUCCAGAGAGCUGGAUGGAUGCAAACUGCCGGGGCUGUUGUGUGACCCUCAGGUGGCCUCUGGCACAAGGCAGCGGCCAGCGAGCACAUCCUGUUCAGACGACGGCCCUGCAAAGCAGCGUGAGUUGUGCAGACUCAAGUUUCCUACACACUGGAGUAAGUGUGGGGCUAAUGCUGUGUAGGCUGGAGCCUGCUUACUCCGCGGGGGUGAGCUGUUCAACUGCAGCUCUCCCAGGGAGCGCAUGCCACUGUUCCUGUUUCCCAGCACUUUUCCUUACUUAACCCAGCCUCAAGGCUGCAUGUUACAUUCCUUCACCUCACGUUGCUCACGGAGCAGGAGCCCUGUUUUCCUUUCUUUCUCUUAGAGGCUACAAAGCAGAAUUGUGUAUAAGAGCAUUAGGACACGAAGCAGCACAGCAGACCCUUGAUGCAGUUUAAAACUAAUGCUGCAAGUCACUGGGCUGUCUUUGGGGUGUUUUCCCUAAGUGUUACUGCUGGGUUUUAAAUCUGUAGCGGAAAAGGGGUAAUCUUUGCUGAAACUCCAGCCCUGAGAUACACAAAGUAGAUGCCUCCAGUACCUGUUGUAAUAAAGUUAGCAAAUAAAG